GUGGCAGCACUAUCGACCAGAAAUUUUAGAAUUUUUCCCAGUUCUUUCUCUUACAAAAUCAUCUUUUCCGUUAUGGAACUCGAUCCGGAGCACGUAUUCAACACGGUCUUUGCAUUCCUCUGGAUUGUGUUCGUAUGGGAAUCGUAUCUUUCGUACAGACAGCGAAGUCUAUACCGUACCACUACCACAGUUCCGAAAGAAAUAGAACAUGUUCUUGACAAGGAGACAUUUGAGAAGGCAAGGCUUUACCAAGUAGAUAAGAGUCUAUUUGGGUUUUGGAGUGGACUCUAUUCACAACUGGAGACCACAUUGAUCUUGUGGUAUGGCGGUCUACCAUUUGUUUGGCAAAAAAGUGAACAUAUCUUGAAUUACUUUGGCCUUGGAGCUGAGCAUGAGAUCACUCAGUCAUUGGUGUUUUUGAUGCUGGCGCUGGUCUACAGCACGAUCACUGGACUUCCAUGGUCAUUAUAUGGGACAUUUGUUAUUGAAGAGAGGCAUGGAUUCAACCAACAGACCCUUGGUUUUUUCUUCAAAGACACAAUCAAGAAGUUGCUCGUAACCGUAGCGAUAUCCCUACCAAUCGUGACUGGAAUUAUCUUUAUCAUCAAGGCUGGAGGAGAAUAUUUCUUCAUCUAUGCCUCACUCUUCACGUGUUUCAUAUCUUUGUUCCUGAUCUUUAUCUACGCUGAUUACAUCGCGCCCCUGUUUGAUCGGUUCACUCCGCUGCCUGAGGGCGAGUUGAGAACAAAGAUUGAACAAUUGGCUGACAGUAUCGAAUUCCCAUUGAAAAAACUCUUUGUUGUUGAAGGUUCCAAAAGGUCGACCCAUAGUAAUGCGUAUUUCUAUGGUUUCCAUAAGAACAAGAGGAUAGUUCUGUUUGACACGUUGCUUGAGGAUUAUGUUCCCACCGAUGAAAGGAAAGAGGCUGAGGCCAAGAAAGAAGAUGGUGCUGGUGAUGAAGAUGCACCUGAGGAGACUGCUCAGGAAGAGCCAGAGAAGACUGAGGAGAAAUCUGACAGCGUGAAGCCAGCAAGGAAGAAGUUAGGAUGCAACAAUGAGGAGAUCUUAGCUAUCCUAGGUCAUGAACUUGGACACUGGAAACUUAGCCAUAACCUCAAGAACCUCUGCAUCGGACAGGUGAACACAUUCCUUAGCUUCAUGGUGUUUGGCUUCUUGAUGCACCGACAAGUCCUCUACACAGCGUUUGGAUUCAACGUUAUGCCAACACUCAUAGGACUCCUCAUCAUAUUCCAGUUCAUAUUCUCACCAUAUAAUGAACUCCUGUCAUUUUGCAUGACUCUACUGAGCCGCCGAUACGAAUUUCAAGCUGAUGCAUUUGCCAAAUCUCUGCACCGUGCAGAGUCCCUCCAGUCUGCUCUCAUCAAACUGAACAAGGACAACCUUGGCUUCCCCGUUUCCGACUCCCUCUACUCAAUGUGGACGUACUCUCAUCCUCCGUUGUUGGAACGUCUCAAAGCUCUCAGCAAAACUGAAUGACUGCAGCAUGGAAAACAAACAAGUCAAAAAAUUGACUGAUGUGCUGUGUGAAAAAUUGGGCUCUCUAAUCCAUUCUGAUGUCAUAGAACUGAGAACAUCUAUGCAUUGCAGUAAAAGUUGUGAUCUAUACUUGACAAGGUACAGGUGCCUUUGUCAAUUUAUUAGUAAAAGGUGACAUAUGUACUUUUAAAUAGAACAGAAUGUUCUUAGUUCCAGUUGCUUGAAAUGUUUUAUUAGAUGGUCAGUACCGACUGUACCCACUCCCUUCGAAAACUUCUCCUUUGCAUCAAGGUUAUUUUUGAAAAUUUAGCUAAAGCUAUGUUUAUACGUGUUGUGAGGUUCUGUGCCACAUAUAACAUGACCAUUUUCUGCGGUGUAAUGUUAUGCAUUUGUCGUAGGAUAUGCACAGAUAUGUAGGGCAACACCUAAACUACAUGUGUAGUCUUUAAAACUGCCCAAUUUGAGGUAAGUAAGAAAACUUAAGUGUUUGUUAAUGAGCAAUGGUCAUUUGAGAUUUUCUGGAGAUGUAAACAACUUUGCUGUGACUGUAGUAUGACUCUCGGUGUACUGUGGGUAUAACCCUUUUGUUAAAGAGUAAGUAGAUUAGAAUUGCACUGCUUUUCAUUAUGGCAGUCAGAGUUAGUAUUUAAAACGAUCCUGCAACUUCUAAGCGAAUUUCAGGUCUCAUAUUACUACUGUGGAUAUAUUUGUCUUGUUGGCCACUCCCACCCUAAAAAAAACCUGCUCUGGUCCACGGAGGCCGUCAUACUAACCUCUGAUGGGCAGGUUAUGUCGUUUUUGCAAGUGCCUGACUGUCUGCAACUCAAUUAUGUCAUUCUAUGUUCUGAUUUUUGGUGUCUAGAUGUUUUCCCCUUGAACUGCCGCUUAAAUGACCAAUGUAUUUCAUGUGGCAAUAUUUUGGCAUAGAAAUUUGGUCAGUUGUGAUGCUGGUGUCUUACAGGUAAAAUAUACAACUGUACAAUGUUAAAUGCAAUCUACUUACUCUUUAAUAUGCAUAUUAAAACGUUGAAUUUCAGUUUUGUUGAGCUACUGUUAGCAAUUAUGUAGUUGUUGUAUUCAGAGUAUUAUCUCUGUUUCUUAGGGACUGCUGAAAUGAUUGAAGUCUGUAGGUGAAUCAAACGAUUGUGUGUCUUUUUACAUGAAGAUAAAAUGCAAACAUCGGUUCUAAAUACACUGUUGAUUUUAUUGCAUCUGCUAUAACUGAUGAUCUCACGGUCAUGUUAAAAUCAAUAUUGUCGUUCAAUCCAGUACCAAGAUAGAUAGUGUUCUUGAAUGUUCUGGCAAUAUUGGUUGGCCAGUUGCCGCAAGAGAUGGAUAUUAUGUCAGAGAGUAUUGCCUUAACUAUUCAUUGAAUCACUCAAUGAAUGCUUCAUGAAGAUACCAGUGUUGUCAUAAAUGCUCUUAUCAUUAUUGUAUAUGCUACAGAUUUUGUGAAAUUUCUCAACUUGGAUAAAAUAAACUAAUUUAGAUGUGACAGAUUCAAGGCCCAUGUUUUGUUGACUCCUUCCUAUGAAAUGUGCUUUCUCAUCGAUUAUGUUUUGUUUUCAUUUGUUGCUGAUCUGGAUAGUGUUACUGAGAAAUGAAUUGAUGUUAAAGUAAGCUCACAUCAAUAGUUACUCUUUGAGAAAUGAUACGAUCUUUGUCCAUUUGAGAUGGACUGGAACUACUUCUUCAUUUAUUAUAGAUAGAAAUGAAAUAUCAAAGGAACUAUUUCAGUGUUGCCCUUAGAUGAUGCUGAUGAUGGCUUCAUCCACUUUAGUUUAGAGUUAUUGCUUUCUUUUGGGACCAAGCAUGCUAUAUACAUGUAGGUGAUUCACAGGCCUACCCCAUGUUUCAUCAAGGCGAUUUGACCUGGGUGACAAAUUUUGAUGGGAUUUCUCAUCGGAAUAAGCCCCCCACCUGCAAUCCACCUGUGUGUUUGACGCAACAUUGUUCCUAUCAUCAUUCCACCAUUUUAUCCUGGGAAUCAUCUAUAUAUUGGUACCAGACAUUUAUUGUGGAGUAAUAAAUUGUUCAUGUUUUAGAAUUUUUCACUUCAAUUGUGAGAAGACUGCAAAAUGCUAGAAGCCAAACAUUGCAUGUAAAAAAAGAUGUUGCACUUCAGUGUUAACCCUUUAAAGCCAUUAAAGGCAUAAAAUAUAUUCAUAUGCCAAACAUUUAUCUUUUUAUUCACAAUAAAUUUGUUUGUGAAAAUGA